AUGAACAAGUAGGAGAAAAAAAAAACAUUAGUUAUGAUCCAGAAAAAUAUCAGUAGUGGAUCUUUUAGUUAAAUAAAUGAAUUGAAGGUAUCAGGAAAUCACUUAGAAACCUACUCAUAGCAGCAGUUCAAUUUUAUUCCAGAGCAUAAAACACUCCCAAGAAUUUAAAAAGAUUUUUUUGAUGAUGAAGAAAGAAAUGGUGUGUCAAAAAAGAAAGCCUUUUUAGAUGCAAACAAUUAACUAAAAUACACACUAGAACUAGAAAAAAGGUAUAAUCCACAUUUAAUCCCUCCUGAUUGGAAAACAGCAGAGAGACAUGGAAAAGCUAAAAGAGUUGGCAAAAAUAAAAUGCCAUCAAGUACUUAGUAGGAAGAAAUCUUUGAAGUAUGUCCUUGUUGCGAUUACCAAAUCGACAAAAAUAUUAUUAGUCUUAGAGAAUAAGUAGAUACUCUUUCCUUUUUAGGUUCAGGCUACCCUCUUUUUUUCCAUUAUAUGAAGUAUUGUAUAAUAAUUUUAGGAUUGAUAAUACUGACGUCAGGAGAAUAUAACAUACUCUCAAAUUACUACGGUCACACUUGCUUGUCUAAUAAAGAUAUAAAAAAACUUGAAGCAAAAGGAGUACAUGUAUCUAGUAAAGAAUGUGUAGUAGAUAUUAUAUCUAUCUUUACAAUAGCAAAUAAGAAACAGAAAGUAGACUAUGCUGAUAUUUAGGAUAUACUGAAUUUUACAACAAUUUUGGUUUUGAUGAUAUUGCUAUUUUUCUUUAGAAAAGAACAAAAAGAGAUAGAUUCUUAAUGUGAUAUGGCUGAACUUACUCCUGCCGAUUAUACUAUUUUAGUAAGAAAUUUACCUGUAGAUACUACGAAAAAAGAUAUUAGAGACUUUUUUGAAAAAGGAAAAGAUUUAUUUGGCUAAAACCUAAUAGUGACAGAAGUUAAUUUUGCAUUUGAUUUAUAAGAAAGAGUUGCUAAACAGUAAAACUUGAAAUAAUUAAUUGAAGAAAAAAAGAAAUGCCUUUCUAAAAUGAAAUACGAUGAUGAUUUUAAAGUUGAAGCUGAAAAAUGGGAUAAAGCUCUCGAAAAGGAAUAAAUAAAUUUUGAGCUGAUAAACUUAAAAAUAGAGAAUGACCCAACAAAAUUUACUGGUUAUGCUUUUGUUUCUUUUCAAACAGAAGAUUAGAAGUAAUGUGUUUUACAGUAGGCCUCAAUACCUUUUUGGCUAGAAAUUGUGAACGCCAUUUUCUUUUAAACUAAUGAAUUCAAGAGUCUUAAAUUUAAAGAUGGUUUUAUUGAAGUUAGAGAAGCUCCUGAGCCUCUAGAUAUUAUAUGGGAGAAUUUAAGUCUUAACGAAAGAGUCAAAACUCUUAGAAGACUUCUUAGUUUUUUUAUAACUGUGAUUUUAUUUGUUGUUUGCACUGUUCUAGUCUAUGUGCUUAUAAAGUUUUAAGCAGAUAGUUUAAAGUAAUUUCAUUAAUUGCACAAGGAUGUAACAGACGAAAAGAGCAAAGAUUUUAAUUUAAAAUUACUCUUUUAAGAAUAACUUCCGAGCGCAAUAGUAUCUUUUUGUAUGGUUUGCAUAAACUCAGUAAUUAUUGAAAUUCUCUUCAGAUAAAUUGUUAAAAUCGAAUGCUAUAACACAUAUACCCUUUAUAAUAUUAACCUAGCACAAAAGCUAUCAUUAGCUUUAUUCAUCAACACUGCAUUGAUAACUUGCAUAAUGAGUGUAUAUUACACAAGAAAUGUUUUUGGUAAAGGUGGUCUCAUAUACACAAUAUUUUACUUCUUUGUAGUAAAUGCUGGCUCCUCUUUUAUGUCUCUUCUUUUUGACCCAAUGUUUUAUUUGAAGAAAAUAUUAGUUUGGUGGUUUAAAAGGUAAGGGGCUUAAUGCACUUUAACUUAAGAAGAGGCAAAUAAACUUUGUGAAUUUCCCUUGCAUGAAAUUGAAAUUGGUUAUGUUGAUGUAAUGAAAACAAUGUAUAUCACCAUUUUCUACUCCUCCGUGGUUCCAGUGGGAUUAAUAAUUUCCAUGAUAGGUUUUUGCUUUUACUAUUGGGCUUAAAAGUGGGUUAUUUUAAAGGAAAGAACAGUAGAUAAAUAAAUUAGUAUGAAACUUUCAAUUGAGAUGACAGAAUAUUUGGAAUUUAUAAUUCUUAUUUAUGCCUCAUCUAACUUGCUGUUCAAAUAUUAAACUGUUGGUUAGAUAUCUUAUUUAUAAAUUAUAGGAUUGAUAUUGGGUUUUUGUUAUUCUAUUCUUCCUAUUUAACUUAUUGUUGAAAAGGUAUUCUUUUUUGGGAAUGAAAAUGAAUAAGUAAAUUACGAUGUUGCUUAUCCAUUUUUUGUUACCACUUACUCUAUGUCUAAUCCAAUUACUACUGAAAAGGCAAAGAAAAAACAUUAUUAGAAAGUUAAAUAGUAAUAUUAAGAAAGAGUGGAUGUAUGA